AUGGCAAUAGGUAGGCAAGAAACUUUCCAGAAGCCAGCUUUAAGCAACUUUUUAUCCCCACUAAGAGACUCAGGACAGAGGAAUAGUUCCUUGGGGUACACUCCAAGAAUUCCUCAAGCUCAAGUCGGAUCUCUCAUCAACUCUUUCCAGCUGUAUGAAGGGAUUUAAUGAUAGAAAAUUCAGGAGAGGUGUGAAAAUCAAUGAAUUGAUCCACAAAGAGAAAGUUUUGCCUGCUAUCCUAGCUUAUAAAAGCCCUCCAAGUAGGUCAAUUCAACAUUCAACAAUGAGUACUCGCGGUGGGAAAAUAUUCAGGAUGCCUCAAGCAAAUUUGGUAGGGGCUCAAAACUCACUUGGAAGGACUCAGAGAGGGUUCAAAACAGGCAUUGAUCAUCACAGCAUAAACUCCAAGAGGAUACAGAAAGUAACACGAAAAGAUCUCUGAGUCAGGAACUCUAUUUCCUUUGCAAAGACCAAGAACUUUUACCAAUUUUCUCACUCUGUUAUAGAAUAUAGCCCUUGAGAGAGAAAAACACCUUUAAAACCUACUCAUUUAAAUCUAAAAUUUAACAAAAUAAAGCUGGGAAAGAGGAGAAAGUCGAUCAGGCAAUACAAGCGAGAAUCACGGCAGCUCCCAAAGAAACUUAUGCUUAGAAAGUUCAAGAAGGAAGUUAACCAAAAUAUGGAUAUCAAAAUGUUGAAUUUUGAUAACUAAAUCUCAAUCUUUA